AUGCAGAGGUUCGGUAGUACUUCUCAGCACUCAAGUGACAGUUACGACCCAUCAAGGUCAACUAUUCAUCGUGAUUCAAGAGAUUAUUCGCCUUCAAGCUCAAGCGAUGAGGAGUCUUCAAUAGAAAUUGUUACUAGACAAUCAUCACAUAAUCUGUCUAUCAAUUCACAUGACUUGGAACCCCUGCAAAGGGAGCCACUCACUGGUGAAGUGUUGAUGACGUCGACUAAUCCGCCAAAGAACAAAUGGAGGAUUUUUGCAUGCGUGCUAUUCAAUUUCACGGGUGGAUUUAGCGAUGCUGCUCCCGGUGCAUUGUUGCCAUAUAUUGAAGCUGCAUACAACAUCAACUACGCCGUCACGUCUUGCAUUUGGGUUAGCAACGCCGUUGGUUUUAUAGUAGUGGCAUCCAUGUCCCACAAAAUACAACCGUGGUUGGGAAAGAGAUACUGUUUCCCCGUGGGUAACUUAUGCAGCUGCAUAUUCUAUGCUUUAGUAUCUAGUGGCACGAUAUUUCCAGUCAUCGUUGUUGGAUUCUUUUUCGGGGGUUGUGGUUUUGCUAUGGUGGCUGCUCAAUGCAACAUAUUUCUCAGUCGGUUGGACAAACAGUCAACAUAUUUGUCUUACUACCAUGGUGGAUAUGGUAUCGGCGCGACAAUCUCACCAUUGAUUGCAACUAGUAUGGUGAACAGAGGUAUUGCCUGGCACUACGUUUACUUGAUUUUACUAGGUAUGAUGAUUAUAACAGGACUCAACUUAUUCUUUUCGUUUGAGAAUGCCGAUCAAGACUUGAAGCCAUGGGAUCAUGAUGAACAAAUAUCUGAAGGCAUUGAAAUGGCUGAAUAUGGUAAUAGAGGUGGUGCAACCAAUGCGGAACCAAUUACUAAGCAACGCCUGGAAAUGAUCUUGGCUUUGCAAAAUCAUGUGACGUGGUUAAUUUCUUUCUUUUGUUUAUUUUACCAAGGAGCAGAAGUCUCAUUAGCUGGCUGGAUUGUCACAUACUUGUUAGAUUACAGACAUUCAAGUGAGAAAACCACGGGUUACGUCGCCUCCGGUUUAUGGGCAGGAUUGACACUAGGAAGAUUACUCUUGACUCGACCAAUUCACAAGUACAUUGGGUUGAAACGAGGCGUCAUUGUUAUCUCAGUGUUGUCGAUAGUAUUGGUAGGUUUGACGUGGGGAAUUGCUUUGUUUGUUCUAGAAGCAGUGUUGGUAUCAAUCGCUGGUGUCUUUAUAGGACCAAAUUAUCCAUUACUAGUUACAUUCAGUGCACAAAAGGGUUUGAUUCCUAGGAAAAUUCAAUUGGUGUCAUUGACAAUAAUGACCGCAUUUGGAUCUUCUGGUGGUGCUUUGUUCCCAUUCAUUGUUGGUUUAUUAUCGGAAAAAGUGGGUACGUUUGUUGUUUUACCGGUGUUUAUUAUAUUGUACACUUCAAUGACCAUACUUUGGUUAAUGUUGCCUAACCUAGAGAGACGCAAAGAAAAGAAAGGUAGAUUUGCCUUUUUAGAUAGAAUUUGGUAG